AUGAAGUUUGACGAACUUCUUUUCACUUAUUUGGGGGAAUUUGGAAGGUAUCAGAAAAUCCAGUUUGCUUUGUUGUGUGUCCCGCCAAUGUUCGUCGCGAUGCAGUCUCUCUCAUGGACAUUUACUGCGUCGUCUUUGCCAUGCCGAGUUUCUGAAGCGGAGCCGGAAAAUGUUAGUUACUGGAUAGUUAGUGAUUUAUUAUACCCACCUAACUGUACUGAAGACCCCUGCCGGUACGAAACUUGUCGUUUGGGAGAGCGUAAAGAAUGCCCGUUUGGAUACAUUUAUGAUCAUUCAGAAGUUAAAAAUUCUGCUAUUAAUCGAUGGGAUAUUGUUUGUGAUCGAGCCGUAUUAAAAGCGGUUAUUCAAUCAAUGUAUUAUCUUGGUCAGAUGGCUGGUUCAAUGGCUUUUGGUUUUCUCGCUGAUCGUAUAGGAAGAAAGAAAGUUCUCUUUAUGGCUCUUUUGAUGCUUAUGGCAGCCGGCAUUUCUAUGGCUGUUGCUCCGCACUGGACUCUUUUUGGGCUUCUGCGAUUUUUUACUGGAUUUGCACAUCCGGGAAUAUUUACGAUUGGAGUUGUUAUUGCUACAGAAUUAGUUGGACCAUCAAAAAGGAAAAUGGCUUCUGUCCUUACCGGUAUCUUUUUCGCAUUAGGGCAGGUAGUUCUUGGGUUGUCGGCGAAUUUUUUAAGGGAUUAUCAGUAUCUUCAAAUAGCCAUUUCUUUGCCAACUGUCAUCUUCCUUGUUUACUGGAGGUUUUUACUCUUAACUUAUUCGGAGUUGUUUGUACCUGAAAGUGCUCGUUGGCUUGUUUCGCUGAAGAGAUAUGAAGAGGCAGACGUAAUUCUACGACGGGCAGCACGUUUCAACAAAAAAACUAUGCCAGAAAAUUGGUGGGAUCAGUUGGAUUCAGUGCACGAAAAAAAUGAUAAACCACAAAAUAAGAGUGCGACCUAUGGUUAUUUUGAUUUAAUAAAAACUCCGGUAGUUCGAAAGCGGACGUUGACUUGUUUCUUCUUGUGGCCCGUGAGUAGUUUGUACACUACGUUUGUUAUCGGCAGUAUGUCAGAGGUACCUGCUCUGCUAUUUUUAAACAGUGUGGUUGAUAGGUUUGGAAGAAAACCAAUAUUUGCGGUAUCUUAUUUUGUUGCCGCAGCGUGUAUGCUCCUUUUUCUUCUAAACCCUGUUUUUUGUUUAAAUGACACACUACAGUUUUUAUUCACCAAGGCAUCUAUUACAAUAUGCUAUGCAGUUAUUUAUAUGGUGACUCCUGAGCUCUUUCCAACUGUGAUAAGAAAUUUGGCCGUUGGUUGUUGCUCUACAAUUGCUCGUAUUGGAGCUGUAUCAGCAUCUUACAUUGCUAUGUGGAUUGUCGAAAGUUAUGGCGCACUGGCAAUGGUUAUACCGUUUGGUAGCCUGGCUUUGGCUGCUGGCAUUAUUGUGUUGGUACUAAUACCAGAAACGAUGGGUCAGCCAUUGCCAGAAACGAUAGGCGAGGUUGAGCACUCUGAGGAAAAUGACGAAGGAAAAGAACUACCACUAAAUUGGCUGCUGUAG